AUGGAUAUAACAGAGCCACAAGAAGUUGAAUUUAACAGUCUUGGUCAGCAUUGUGGCGAUAAGCAAAUUAAGUUCGCCAAUGACUGCGGGGUUGUUACGAGAAAGUUAAUUUCUAUCGAAUAUCCAACUUGGAAGAAAGUGCCAGCAAAUGAAAAGGAGAACUUAUGGUUGACCGUCAAGAAACGUUGGAAUAUCCAUGAUGAAAAACGCAAAGCAUAUGUGCUUAUGACUUGCAACCACAAGUGGAGAUCAUACAAGAAGAGGCUUAAAAAGAAUUUAUUGGCCAAUGAGAAUGAGAGAAAUCCACUUGAAACCUACUCAUAUCUAGAGAAGAAUGCAUUGCAAAAAUUUAAGGAAAGGAUAUCAUCAAAGGAAUUCCAGGUUAUAAGUGAGAAAGCAAAGAUGAGUUCAAUGUGUAAUACAAAUCCAGCCCAAGUAGGCCCACAUGGUUAUCGGGGCAACAAACCUAUGUGGGAACAAGAGAAGGCAUCGGGUGAGCUGCCGUCACCGUUGUAUGAGAUAAAAAGCGAGCGUUCAUUAGAUUAUGUGUUGAGGAGAAGAUCUAAAAAUGAGUCAGGGUCAAAAAUAAUACCACCUAACAUGGAACCGAAGAUCAUGGGCUUUCCUACGUUAUGCAAAUGUAUAAUAAUGGUCCAUGUGUGA